GAGCCGGGGGUGCGGGUUGCUGCCCCCCAGUUCUGAUGCUACCGAGGUUGGGGGCUGUUCCCACCUCCUGCCCUGCUCCACGUUUGGAUGGAGGAAGGGGGGUGCUUUGGGGUCCGAAAGGAUGCAGGAGGCACCCGAGAGUGUCACGUAAAGCCCUCACAGAUACUUGGGGCUGCAAUACUUACAGGCCUCCCCUGCAGUUUUUGAGUGUGCUUCAUGAUACAUGCCAACCACCCAGUUGCACAGUGUAAUGUGCAAACUCCGUCAGUGUCAUCCACUGUGCACUCGUGUGCAUACCCCAGAGUGAAGUGGGUAAGUGUGUUGGGCUGUUGUGGUGUGUUCUGGUGAAAGUGAGUCUCUGCACUGCGCCUGCUGGAAGUAGCAAAAUCGCUCUUGCAGCAGCUGGAAAUCACCCGCAGAGUCGUGGCUGGUUUGGGUUUUCAGCUGCACUUGGUGCUUGGGAUAAGCAGGAUUCAGGAUAAAAUCUCAUUUGGCCAGCCCCCCCCCCCCCGCCCCCAUGCAGGUAUGGCCGAAGUGUAGAAGCUGAGUAGAAUUCCUUCCCGUUAAACAUUCUGGGGUUGCCUGCUUUUGGUGGGGGGCACAGAGGUGCUGCCUGUCCUACUGGAUGAGAAAUGCAGAAUCAGAGAAAGGAAAUAAGCAGCUGGCUGGGUCAAAAGAUUGCGCUCCUUUUUUACAAUGGCGCUCCGUCUGCAGUGUGAGACACAAAGAAGGUGUGUGCGCAGUUCUCUUUUUAAAGCUAGCUACGGACUUUGGCGUGGCUCUUAGCAACAGCAGGAUUUGCUCUUGAGGAACUGCUGCCUGAGAGGGCUGUUGCAAAGAGGCUGGGCUGGGCUUCUGCUCUUCAGCUGCAUCGUCGAGGCCUCCACCGACAUGUGCAGAACCCCCACGAGAUGCUUUGCACGGUUGGUCCUUCUGCUCUGAAGAGGUUCGCUUGGGGAAGCGGGCAGCCUUCCUUUUCCCUGGUUCCGCGCUGCCUGCCUGACCUUACCAGAUGAGUGUCUGUGCACAGCCACGGGUCUCCCAUGCCUGCACAGGCAGUUGUGGGCUGUCUUGGGCUCCUCUUCUCUUCUUCUUGGGCGCCCAAAGGAAGGCAGGUGGAGGGACAAGGACAGCAGUGUGUGAAACUUUCCAAUGGACGGCUUUUCUUCCUUUCCUAACAGACCAUUUGUGUAAAUCUUUGGCUUAGUUUUAUUUCUCAUUAAUAAGAUAAGAAGAACCUGCCUAUUGGAGCAGGCCGUAGUCCACAAGAUGCCCGGAGAAGCCCCUGAACAGGACUGGGAAACGUGCCUCUGUCCCCCUGUCCCCCCUUGUGUUCUCCAGCCGGCACACUGAGUUCCCUCGGUUGCUGGAGGUGGUCUUCAGCCAGGGUGGUGGAGCCGUUUCAUCCACCUUGAAGCUGGCAAAGUUGGCCCUGCAUAAAUUGCUUGUUUCUGAAGGGCCCACCAUUUGGCUUCCUUGGGCGACCCUUUUGGGAUCUAGAAUUAUGAGAUAAGAAGAAAGAUGGAGGUCAGGUCUAUAGAAUUCUAGGUUUGGAGGGGCCAUUGAGUCCCAACCGUGCUAAGAACCAGAAGCCCAAUUAAAUCAAGACUGACGAAUGGCUGCCUACCCCCCACUUGAAAAGCCCACCAUUUCUCUGGGAAUUGGUCCCACCACCAAAGUGUUUUACUGUUGAGAGGAUUUUUUCCCCCAAACUCAAGUGGAAUCUUCCUUCCUGUAACUUAAUUUCACGACUCGUGUCUUGCACUCUGAAAUGAGAGAGAACAGAAUUUCAUUCUGUUACUUUUAGCUAUUUCCUUAUCAAGAUAGUUUUGAAUAUUAUUCUUUUCAGGGAUAUUAGUUAUUCCACCCAACUUUAUGUCAGCUGUACAUAAAGAUACACAUUUCCUCCCCCUUUUCAUCCAAGUCAUUAAUGCAAAUAUUGAAGAAGUAGGACUGAUCCUUGUAGCGUCCAGCUUCAUACCUCUCUCCUAUUUGAUGAGCCCUCUGAAUAUAGUUUUUGGGCCAUGCAUACAUAAAUUCUUUUAUUUGUCAAACCAUCUAGCCCAUGCUUAAGUAGCUUGCUAAUCAACUUGACAAAUGCUUAGCUGAAAGCAAGAUAUAUUAUUCUAUAGCAUACCCACACUAUUAAAAACGUCGUUUGAUUUAAAAAAUGAGAAAGUUUGUUGAGAUUUGUUCUUCCAUACCAGCUUCUGGCGAUUAUCACAUUGCUUUCAAAGUGCUUAUGGCUGGAUCUCUUUAUGAUUUGUUCUAGAAUCUUCACACAUAUCAAAGUCAGACUUGUCUGUAAUUUGCUGCAUCUCCUUUUUCCCUAUUUUUGAAAAUGGGACGGCAGCUGCUCUCCUCCACUUGUCUGACAUCUCAUCAGUUCUCCAGGAUCUCUCAGAGAUAAUUCAUAAGGACUCAGCCAGAUCAUCAGAUAGUUCCUUCAGUCUCCUGGGAUGCAUUUCAUCUGGUUCUGGAGAUGGAAGCUAAUUCACAGUAAAGAGGUCUCUGUUGAGAUUGACACAAGCAAGCCAGACCUCACAUCUGCCCUGAAGGAGAUUCGCACCCAGUACGAAGUUCUCUCGGCCAGAAACCAGCAGUCCGCAGAGGAGUGGUACAAAUCCAAAUUUGCCAAUUUCACCGAGGAGGCGGCCCGCAGCAGCGACAGCAUCCGGCAGGCGAAAGAGGAGAUCUCCGAGUAUCGCCGCCAGCUGCAAGCCCAGAACAUCGAGAUCGAGUCCCUGCGCAGCGCCAGCGAGUCUCUCGAGCGGCAGCUGCAGGAGGCGGAGGAGAGGAGCGGCCAGGAGAUCGGGCAGCUGCGGGAGACCGUUGACCAGCUGGAAACUGCCUUGCGGACGACCAAGGGGGAGAUGGCACGCCACCUCCAGGAGUACCAAGACCUGCUGAAUGUGAAGAUGGCUCUGGAUAUUGAGAUAGCGGCUUACAGGAAACUCCUGGAAGGAGAAGAGACCCGCCUGAGUACCGGCAGCAGCAGCAGCAGCAUGUUCAGCCUCAGCUGCCCCUUCUCCUCCAGCCCCCUCUCAGCCUUCAGGGGCUUCUCGACGGGCACAGCGGCUGUUCGGAAGGGGCACUCUGGCACCUGCCAGGACCCUGAAGACUCCAGGGAGCUGAAAGCAACCAGCGAGGGGGAUUCUGAGGACGAGGGAUCAGCUCUGGCCCGAGCCUAAGUUGCGCAGGAGUUGCCGCCGAUUUUAUUGCAGGGGGUGGGUUGGCCCUUUCGGGUAAGGGGGCUCUUGGCAGGCCACUCAGUUUUGCAGAUCCCUGAUGUUUGGCUGCCAGGCAGUUCAUGAAGGGAAGAGACUUUGAGGCUCCCCAUCACGGGGGUCCACACAGUGUGGUCAAAAGGUCAAGAGGACGGCCCUAUUAAAGCUCUGCCUUUUUUAUGUGCAACACGUAUGAAUGGGAAGCUUUGAUCGCGCCAUCUUGGCCGCCCUCUAGACUUUUUGAGGACGCCCCUGUCCCAUUGAAAGGCUCUUGAGCAAAUCAGAGGGGCUCUUAACUCACUUUUUGUUCCGUUUCAAGUUGCCAAGGAGCAGAAGCAGGUAACAGCAGACAAGUUGCAAACGAAGACUGAGCAAGUAAAGCACCGUCUGUAAUCUGAGAAGCAAAAGCGUAGUCCAGUUACAGUUCCAAAAGCCACGACGCCAAAUCGGGUGGUCACCCAGUCCAGAAGUCAGGAAUUCAAUAAAGGAUAAAUAAGGAUACACACAAGACCCAAGCUCGGUUUUCAAACUCUGGUUUUCCAGCCAAGACCGAAGGCAGAGCGAGCGACGUCGGUCUCUCCGCCAGCAGCUGGCUGCCGUGAUUCAGGCCUCCCCCUUUGUCCGGCAAGGGUUGACGCCACUCUGCACCCCUCUGGAUCUGGGGCUUGGGGGUCGCGCCUCGUCAUCCGACGGCUCCAGCUGAUCGGGAGAGGCCUGUGGCCGAUCAGCCUCAGAUGCAUCCUGGCUUAAUGGUUCCUGAGGCUGACAUUCCACAGGCUCAGCUGGAGCAACGCGGUCAGAAUCAGAGUCGGACCCUGAAUUGUGGCUCAGGACGCUUUUGUCCGGAGAAAGAUACCUGGAUUGUGUAGGGCAGCCUGGGAGCCUGAAAUGUUUGGCCAUUGUCAACAUUGGUUCUCUGCUCCUGCUUCUGCUUCUCCCCUGAGCCCUUCUCCAUUCAAUUUUUCUCCUUAGACUCAAUCCCCGUCCUCAAAAAUUGUAAAGCGGUCAAGAUUUCAGAGGCAUUCCUUUUAACUUUUCCUUGGGUCUUUACCUAAUGGUGUGCCAGCCCAGCAAGGUAGACCAGACUAAGAGACCAAGGCCAUGUAGGUCAGCACUGCUUUCAUUGUAAAGCUGUAGUAACAGGAUCUCGCAAACCUGGAUGGGUUUCCCCCUCCCUCCCUUUACCUUCAUGUGAACUAGGGAGGGGCUUGUCUGAGGCGUUUUCCACGUUACUUUCUUGGCCAGGCUCAAGCCCCCCUUAUCUGGCCACUGUCUUGGUAGCUGCUCUUCCUCUGUCCUCCGAGGCCCCUUCUCUGCUUUCAACGUCUUGUUUGUUCUUUCAGAUUUGUGCCCCUUGGCCUUAAGGGCUGACAGACGCAACAGUUGCAGCUGAGCGAUUCUGCAGGUUUUUGUUUUUAAGGGAAAAAACACCCAUAGGAGUGGGGUUUUUUUAGCAGGGCAUAAGGACAGGGUGGGAAGUAGCAGCACUUUUAUUCUUCCCUUGCCUUUUGCCCACUCAAACAGCAAGGAAAGCGGGGGGUCAAAAUCUGCAAGAUGGUAGACUUGGCAUCGCUAUCUAAGGCCCACUACUUUUGUACUUGCAGUGGAUCAAGCGGUUAUCGUAAUAAUUUAUUAAAUUUAUAUGCUGCCCAGCUCCUAGCGACUCUGGGCAG